UAGGAGCUGAUUUUUGGAUUAUCCGACCGCAACCCACAGCUGCUGGAAGUAAACAGCUCCUGAGGGAAACGGUGUCACAUCGUUACUCUUCCCCAAAUAAACCAAACAUGACUAAAGAGUUGACUCCAAAAACAAACAAUAUCACAUCAUACAUACAUACAUACAACAAGGUGUUACAUUGUGGAUAUUAUCAGAAUUUGGAUUUGAUUAUUGUCUGUAUUUUUAUAUUGGCAAUUUGUUCCUCACCGGAAGAUGCAACGGCACGGACAAGAAGGCUCCCGGGGGCACAAAGAUGGCGCUGCCCGUGCUGAGAGGGUGUCACAGGGUUUCAUCAACACUGAAAUGUACUCGUCUGUUUUUGAAUGAGAGUCCCGUCCUGAACCGGGGUGGGAGACCGCGGCUGCCCCCCCUUCCCGCGCAGCGGCCGUUCAGCUCGGCCGCCGGCGGGCAGCAGAACCAGAACCAGAAGGUGGUGGUGUUCGGCAUCCCGAACCCCUUCAUCUGGUUCCGAACCCGGAUGUACUACUUCCUGAUCCGAGCCUACUUUGAUAAAGAGUUCAGGAUCGAAGAGUUCUCAGAGGGAGCCAAGCAGGCCUUCUCACAUGUUUCCAGACUGCUGUCCAAGUGCCAGCUGGAUGCUCUGGAAGGACUGGUGGCUAAAGACCUGAUUGGGAAGCUGGAGGAGAAGCUGAACCUGAUGCCAUCCAACUAUAAGAAGGCUCUGUCUGUGGAGCCGGAGGAGAUCAUGUACACCACUCCUGGAGACGUGGGGAUCUACUACGAUGAUGACGGGCGAAAAUUUGUCAGCAUUCUGAUGCGUUUCUGGUAUCUGACGAGCGCGCGUCUCCCUGAGGACACCAUGGAGGGAACGCGGGUGUUCCAGGUGGCGCUCGGUGAGGAGGGAGAAGCAGAAACUAAGCGACUCCUGAGUGCACACUAUGAAUUCCAAAGGGAGUUCACUGAAGGAGUGGCUCCAGCCUGGACUAUUACCAAGAUAGAGCACUCCAAGCUUUUGGAUUAAGAUGCUUUUGAUUUGAUGCAGUGUUGCUGAUUGAAGACAUGAACCCCCUCAGUAUUUGCCUUCAAAUGGAGUUUGUACUUUUGAAUCGCACAGAGCAAGUGAUGCUGCUUCUCCUCACAGGGCUGUCAGAGGGAAGCACCAGGACCAGGGUGGAGUCAGACACGGUUCACUGUAGAGAAGACACAUGGCAACCCCCCCCCCACACACACACACAUCAGAACUUGUCUGGUUUUGUAUAGUUAAGAGUGUGGCCAGAUUCAUGUAUACGUUAUUUUUGAAUAAUUAGUAAAUGUAAACUAUGUUAUCAUAUGGAGGGGCUUGUUCUUGAAAACUCAUCUUGUUUUCUAUUUUUGAAGAUUUGUUCCCAUAAAACAUUGUCUUUGUUUUUCAACACAACCCAUUACAGUCAACUUAUUCAUACAUAUGCAUGUACAUGUACAGGUGUAUAUACUGUAUGUACCUUGUGUAUACAAAGCUGCAGCAGACCUUUGAUUGUUUAAUUAAAGAUUUGAGAAAUGAAAAAUGUGCCAUUUAUUCCACUCAACAUUUUAAACAUGUUUUGCAUAAAAAUAAAUCUUAUAUAAAUCUAGACAGUGCACAGAGCAUAGUACCAGUUGUCGCAAUUGUUUGUGUUUGAAGAAUGACAGUUAAUAGGUCUUUUUGUUUAUGUUGAUCUCAUAAGCUAAUAUGGUGCAAAUAAAAUUCAGGAAUAAGCAAUA